AUGGUAACCGAAUUCCCCAAAUCGCAGAUCGUCGGCGUGCAAUCCGUCAUGCCGGCGAAAGUGACUCAGCACCGGAAAGUUCGGACCAUAUCCGUCGGAGAUCCCGCCGGAGCAGGAAUAUUCCGGCGAACCCUCGACAUAGUUCUGUACUACAAACACAGCGCCGGAGAUGAAGACUCGGGGUGGGUGCUCAGCGGCCGUCUCCGGCAUCGGAGGACGGCGGAGGAUGACGGCGGAGGGCUGGAGGUGGUGGCCAACGACAGCGGCGUGAGGCUUGUGGAGGCAAAGUUUCCGGCGAACUUGCCGGAGUUUCUGGAGCUGGUGAUGGGAGACAAUGCAAAAGCCGAAGCUGAAGCCCUUUUCUGGAGAGAUAUUGAUGAAGAUGAUCCUCAGUUCUCACCCUUGUUCUAUGUUCAGGUGACUAAUUUCGAGUGUGGAGGAUACUCGGUAGGGAUAAGCUGCAGCGUUCUUGUAGCAGAUAUUCUUAUUGAGACAGACUUCCUGAGAAAAUGGUCUGACAUCCAAGCUUCACUGUUACGUCAUGGGCCCACCAAAACACCCAUCUUCUACCUCCCUACGCUCAAACAAGACAUCGGCUAUCUCUCCGGUCUCUCCAGCUCGGCCUCCGUCCUCCACCGCUCCGAACCCGUGAUUCUCCUCGCCAAAUCCUCGGCCUCCGACGUCCGAAUCUCCGAGAAAACCGCGUUGAGCCGCUUGAAAAAGACGGCAGGGUCAGAUCUCGACGGUGGAACGGGUCUCGACGUUUUCUUGUUCGUCAAGGAACAGGGCAAGAACUGUGACGAGAAGCUGGAGGUUACCAUCUCGAGACAUGGAGAGAUCAACGUGAAGAAUAGCGUUUGCGUUUGCCAUUGCGAUUUGGGUCUCGAGACUCAGGCUCUGCGUUUAGGGUUUAGUGAGCUGAGCUUCUGGGGAGGGAAAAAACCGGACCGGAGUUCGUGUAAGAUCGGGGCUGUCUCUGGUGGGCUUGUGUUGGUUGUCCCGUUUCCAUGCCGUGACGACGAAUCUAUUGCCGAAGCUAUCGUCACUGGAGGCGUCGUCACUAAUUUGGAUUCGACCCAUUGAUUAGUCGGCCCAUAUAUUCACGACACGUAGUAUAUAUAUAGAACGUUGCGGGCGAAAUUUGUUUUUAUAUAAUUAUAUUUUUUUUUUGUUUUUUGUUUUCGGGCGUGGACUGUUUAGUCUAAUUAUUAAGAUUUAGAAAAUGCAAUCCCAUUUUACAAGUUA